AUGAGCUAUAAUACAGAACGCGUUGGGUCGGGGGACGAGUCGGACAAAGACGUGUUUUCUGAUACACCAGGACACAGUGUACCCACGACGGCCGACUUCUCAAGCUUCAACCUAACAAACUCUCCGCGCACCGCAGGAGGGAGUCCGUUCAGGUCGUGGUCUAGAGACGCGAGUGCACGAAGAGAACGGCGUGCUGCGCGCUUGCAGAGCAUCGAAGUGUUGCGGGCCAAGCUGGCAGGGUCUCCCAACGGCAGCUCUGAAGAAGAACAGCAGGAACAGCUGGACAUCGACAAGACACUGAAUAUAUUACCUGUACCUAAUUUCACCGUCAAAAACACAUGGCGAGGCACUAAAGACGUGUCAUCGGGCAAGCAAACAAGCAAUAAGGGCAAGUCUGCCUCAGAUUUCAACGAAAUAGACAGUUUACAGAAACAAUUGACAGAUUGCAAAAUUCAACUGAGACUGCAGAAGGAGUUGCUGCUGGAACGAUAUGGCGAAGAGAGUUCGGCAAUGGAGUUUUUGAGGCGUCAAUUCGAGCACACUGACGACAAUAGAGAGACGGAGCUUUUAAGAAAACAGUUUGACGACCUUGUGAAAGCAUUCGAGGAGCUACAAAGUCAGCUGGAGGUUUUACAGCGGGAUCAUAGCGACUGGAAAUUAAUGGCUGACCAAAUCCUAGAUGUGAUUGAGGAGGCCGGCGGGGAUUCCACAAUAGUUGAACGAGCGCGCAAAGGAGGUUUGAGUGCAAAGCUGAGGGCUGUUGGAUUGGAAACAGAGAGACUAUCGCAAAAACUGGACUCAAAUUUUGGACUAGUAUCUGGGGAGAUGAAUGGACAGAAUUCAAAAAUCAAAGGAACGGAAGAUGAAGAGGCACUGCUUGAGAGACUAGAUGAGUUGGAAAGUAAGAUGCAUCAUCUGGCUAAUGAAAAUGCACAACUCGAGAACCGUGGCAGCGAGCUGGAAAAAGAGAAUAAAAAGCUUAAAGAUGAACUUGAAAAGCUGACUUUGAUGGAGGAGGAAAAUCGGAAAUUGAGAGAAAUGGAGAGCAAAUUCGAAGAGCUCAGAAUUCAGAAGUCUCAGCCUGAUGAGAAACUAAUUGCCAUGGAAUCCCGGCUGAAAGAUUACGAAGACCUCCAGGCUAAAUUUGAGGACACCAAAACCAGAUUUGAUAGUUUGCUGGAGGAAAAGGAAAACAUCCAAAUGCAGCUUUCAGAGGCACAGCGACAGCUUCAGGCAAUUGAGGAUCGCGAGAUUGACCCAGAUAAAACUAGCCCCGAAGAGCUUAGGGAAUACGUUGCAAAAAUGGAAACUGACCUCAACUCGUCGCUCGUCAAGCAGAGGCAGCUCAAUUCUGAGAAAAUCAAGCUCAACUACCAAAUCGACGAACUCAAAUCGCAAAUACGUUUACAUGAGGAUAACGCACUUUAUGCAGAACAGAAAUGGCAAGACUACCUUACCAGUGAUGUUAAUUUCCAGACUCACCUAAUUCAAAUUCUUAGUGAGAUACUGGAUAAACAAUCAAUUAGAGAAGCUGCUGCAAAGAUACUACAACUUGCCAAUAGAGAUGAACUCCAGCUCAACGAAACAGAUACAAAAAAGCUAUACGAGACCAUUUUCGAGUACGAUCUGGCUGCCGUGCGAACAAUCGUGGCAGAUCAUGCCGAAAUGAGUAAAAAAGUGUCUACAGACCAUGCUCCGGUAGCAGACGAGUCACUAAAAUUACGGAUAGAAGAAUUAACAAAGAGGUGGAAGCAUGCCGAAGAGACGCUUGCGUUUGAGCGUAAGCAGUCUGAAAAACGGCUUCAAGAACUGGAACGGGAAAAUAAGAAAUUACGACAAUAA